CUGAUCUGGCAAGCAGUAAAUAACUCUCAGAGCUGCAGCUGCAGCGAUCUAUGUAGAUUAUGCCUUUCAGUCACCAUUCGCACUCUGGUCAAUUUUGCAAGCAUGCAAAAGGAACCCUGGAAGAGGUUGUUCUAGCAGCGAUCAAACAAGGUUUUCGAGUCUACGGACUCACCGAACAUGCUCCCCGGUACAGCCUAGACCAUUUGUAUCCAGAAGAGUUAGAAGCAGGGCUGUCGCCUGUCAGCCUCAUGAAACAAUUUACGGACUUCCUGGACGAAGCUCAUAGGCUCAAGUCAGCCUACGCCUCCCAAAUCACCCUUCUGGUCGGCCUCGAAACCGAGUACAUCACCGAAGAUGAUCUGGAUAUGCUCUCCUCCAUUCUUUUAGAACAGUCUAACCGCAUCGAGUACAUCGUCGGUUCAGUGCACCACGUUCAUGAAAUCCCCAUCGACUUUGACCGCGCCACGUUCGAUGACGCCUUACGCAGAUUCGCACCCACAGCCGAAGCUGAUACCCCCCGUGCUAGUCACAUGGACCAGUUCCUUUCGGCUUAUUUUGAUGCGCAAUACACGUUACUGAAACGUUUUCGACCGGAAAUUAUCGGCCACUUGGACCUCUGUAGGCUUUACAACCCGGGGUUGCGUUUCGCGGAAUACCCGAACGCUUACAACAGGCUAGAGAGAAAUAUUUCAUUCGCUGCCAGCUAUGGUGCUCUGUUCGAGUUUAACGCGGCUGCAUUGCGGAAAGGGUGGGACACUUGCUAUCCUGGGAGGGACGUUGCUGAGUUGAUUCAUGCCCUAGGUGGGCGCUUUACCUUGUCGGAUGACAGCCAUGGACCUCAGGGUGUGGGCGAAAAAUACCCGGAGAUGCGAGAUUAUUUGCGUGGAUUAAGGGUGUCAGAGAUCUGGUUUUUGAGUCGCCCCGCUGAUGGCUACGUUGACCACGUCUUUGAACGGGGUCUUGCUGCUACAUGCGUCGGCGGCGAGUGGUGGGAUGACCGCUUCUGGGAAUGCCAGUCGCAAACUGUUCAGCACUGAUCAUGAUGCAUAACUCACGCCCUAUUUUACUUAUUCGUUUUGGACUUUUUGGCGCUUUUCAUACCCUUCAUGAAGGAAAUGCACUUCGCCGUUUCCCUUGGAAGCCCCAGCACUUACCGAUCUCCAUACUGACCCACGCAACGUCCACCCGCCGCAAACUGGCGGCCAACUCAGGCGAUGUAAUUGCUAUAUGAUUGCGCCGUAAAUUUUCGGUGACGACGCCCGAAUGUACAAGGGCAUGAUAGCCUGUUGCCUCGUGAGUCGCGGAAGCUGUGUGAGCAAGGCUUGCCCUUAAUUUUAUAGACCUUCUGACGCUGUUAUCCCUUGCUAUCCUCAAUACUUGUUGACUCAAAGUAAUUACUGUCGA